AUGGCAUUGACAUGUAAGCGAUUAUUUGCCAUCAGCAAUGCAAUUCUGGACUCAAAAUCACUUCGUUUCAAUCGAGAUUUUGCGCCUCUCUUUCACCAUUACCGGAAUGGACACAACUUUGUCACUCCACGAUGGCAACUGGUCACCACACUGGAGAAUAGCAGAUGGUGGGCUUGCUCGAAAUGUCUCAAACUUCAUCCAAGGAGUGCUUUCUCCUCGCGCGAACUGCGACGAAAACCGGAGGACCGGACAUGUAUGUUGGGCGAUCUGGCUGGCAUAGUCGACUUGUGUCCCUGCAAGAAAUUGACCUUCCGAGAUAAGCUGGACCUUAUCGAGCUUCUGAAAGUGCGUCAGAAAUCCGUUGCAGCGCUAGAAUCGCAGUUUGGAACUGGGGUCCAUCAACGUUUUUGCUGGCAUUCCUGUAUCGAGAACUACGGGUCUACAAAGUUGCAGAUUGAGAUCUUCCCUGAAUUGGACGAUGAAGAUCAACUGAGGAUUAAGACCGAAUACAGAUUGACAACGGAGUCGGGAAAGCUCGGGAAGGAAGAAGCCAUGACGCCUCGGUUUGGAUGUGCUCACCGAUCGAUCGACUUGUGGCUGUCCAGUGUUUGUCAAACCACCAUCUGCCGGACCUACGAUGAAGCCUGCUCCUCAUGCCAGCGAAUAUCCAUAUGCAAUUCGUGCAAUUCAGUUCUCAGAUGUCCUCGGAAGCAACCAUCCUAUGUGGAUGGGACCUCGAAAAAAGCGACCUACUUCUUUUGGACCGAAAGAUGCCUGGGGGGGACGUCAUCAGCACCUGAUUAUAUUUGGAAUUCCCAGCGAAUACACCCUGCCGAAAACCCAAUCGACGUUGACAACUGCACUGAAUUGUGCCCUUGGACCAUACGAGAACACCCUCCUUCCCAUGGUGCCCCGUCUCUGGAAAUGGACAUCCUCACUCCUGCUGUUCAGGAUCAGUCGAUCAGCCAGCUAUACACCUCAAUCAACAUGAUUUAA